AUGGGUGAUAUCAAAACAGACCCCACCGAGAUCUGUAAUGUUUUCUCCGACUUCUAUUCUUUACUCUACUCCUCUGAGUCCUCUUCACAGGACUGGGACAGCCAUGCCGAAAAGGCCUUCGACCGGGUGGAGUGGAGGUACAUGUUCUAUGCUCUCAACAGGUUUGGUUUCAGCGCUAAUUUUAUUUCCUGGAUUCAGUUACUCUACACAUCCCCGGUUGCUUCAGUCAAUAUCAAUGGAAUCCGCUCCAACUCGUUUCCGCUCUCGCGAGCCAAAGAGAGAAAAAAUAGGAGGGAUAAAGUCCUCACCUCUUCACCAGUUCUGAAGGUCCGAAAGAGGAUUCAUACUGAAGAGAAGCUGUACACCUGUGAUCAGUGUGGGGCAGCUUUUACCACAUCAAGUAUUUUAAGGCGUCAUCAGCGUAUCCACACUGGAGAAAAGCCGUACAAAUGUGAUCAGUGUGGGACAGCUUUUACCCACCAGGGUAAUCUAAGGCGUCAUCAGCGUAUUCACACUGGAGAAAAGCCGUACAGAUGUGAUCAGUGUGGGGCAGCUUUUACCCAACAAGGUGAUCUAAGGAGUCAUCAGCGUAUCCACACUGGAGAAAAGCCGUACAAGUGUGAUCAGUGUGGGGCAGCUUUUACCGAACAAGGUAGUCUAAGGAGUCAUCAGCGUAUUCACACUGGGGAUAAGCCUUACAGAUGUGAUCAGUGUGGGGCAGCUUUUACCGAACAAGGUCAACUAAGGAGUCAUCAGCGUAUUCACACUGGGGAUAAGCCAUACAAAUGUGAUCAGUGUGGGGCAGCUUUUACCAGACAAGGUAGUCUGAGGAGUCAUCAGCAUAUUCACACUGGGGAUAAGCCGUACAAAUGUGAUCAGUGUGGGGCAGCUUUUACCAGACAAGGUAGUCUAAGGGGUCAUCAGCUAAUACACAGUGGAUUUAAGCCUUACAGAUGUGAUCAGUGUGGGGCAGCUUUUACAAAGUCAGGUAAUCUAAGGAGUCAUCAGCUAAUUCACACUGGGGAUAAGCCGUACAAAUGUGAUCAGUGUGGGGCAGCUUUUACCCAACAAGGUCAUCUAAGGCGUCAUCAGCGUAUUCACACUGGAUUUAAGCCUUACAGAUGUGAUCAGUGUGGGGCAGCUUUUACCGAGCAAGGUAGUCUAAGGAGUCAUCAGCGUAUUCACACUGGGGAUAAGCCGUACAAAUGUGAUCAGUGUGGGGCAGCUUUUACCAGACAAGGUAGUCUAAGGAGUCAUCAGCUAAUACACACUGGAUUUAAGCCUUACAGAUGUGAUCAGUGUGGGGCAGCUUUUACCCAACAAGGUCAUCUAAGGCGUCAUCAGCGUGUUCACACUGGAUAAAAAAUUGUCUGUAAUCAGCGUGGGGCAGCUUUUACUUGGAGAGCUCAGGUAAAGGUGCCAAUUUAGACAUGUUGUUCUGCGAAAAAAAGAAUUCUGGAGUUUUGUUUUCAGUUUCAACUGAAACGUGUUUAAAUUUGAUUUUUCAUUAGUUUAUGUUCCAUUGUUACAUCAUUUAAAUAAAAAAGGUCUUUGUUUACCUGCUGGAUUUCAGGUUCCUGCUCACUGCAAACUCACAACAAGACAUCAGUGUCAGAAUAUUAGAAAAGAGUCACACAGUAGUGCGUUUUUCAUGUGGUUUUUAUCACCAUAUGUACUAUUCGUGCUGGAUUUAAAUUACCUCUGGACUCAAUAAUUCUAAAAUGACACCAUGACAUCUGUAUUUCGUUCAGCUGAUUCACACUAGAUAAGUGAAGUCUGUGUUUUACUGCCCUCAUUCUUUUGAACAAUUCCCUUUAUUUAACACUACAUUUUAAUAUUGAGUCAAAAGCAACUGAGCAGACACUUAAGCAUUAGAUUUCAGUGACUACCAUGUCACAUUCUGAAAAGGGACCAAAUUAAGAAAAAGGCGUUAUUGGCAUACAGUAUGUUUUAAGUUGCUAUGCUAACGGUAAACUUAAUGGUAAAUGUAAUCAGAGGUUCUGUUGAAUCCCUAUACGUUUUGCGCUGCUUUGACUUUGAAGAAAGAUAAAAAAGCUGCUUUUUUGUGGGGUUUUUAUUUACUGCAUGAUGCGGCCACAUGUGUCCUCUCGUUAUUCUGCUGAUCUGGAUUUCUUCAAAGACCCCGUGUGAAGCUUGAUGUUGGUUAAUGUUGGCAAAUAAAUGCAUUUAAAUGCAGUAAUUUAUACGUCCACUAGAGGGCAAAUACAUGCAUUUAAAUGCAGUAACUAAUAUAUCCACUAGAGGGCAAAUUAGUCAUUUUAAUGCAGUAAUUAAUGUGUCCACUAGAGGGCAAAUAAAUGCAUUUAAAUGCAGUAAUUAAUAUGUCCACUAGAGGGUAAA